AUGGCUGCCAGCCGUCAAUACGACAUCAUCCUUCUGGGAGCCACUGGCUACACGGGGAAGCUGACCGCUGAAUACAUCACGACCAAUCUCCCAACCAACCUCAAAUGGGCCGUUGCUGGACGCAAUCAAUCCAAACUUCAAUCCUUGGUCGGUGAGCUGAAGUCCCUGAACUCGACGCGCAGCACUCCCGACAUCAUCACUGUCGCCAGUCUGUCUACCCCUGAAUUGACCCCUGUGGUCAAGAAGACCAGAGUUCUCUUGAACGCCGUGGGCCCUUACCAUCUCUACUCGACUCCGGUGGUCGAAGCAUGUGCUCAACAGGGAACUCACUAUCUCGACGUGACCGGCGAGACCCCAUGGGUCCGCGAUGUCAUUGUCAAGUACGAAGACACUGCCAAGAAGUCCGGAGCCAUCAUGAUUCCCGAGGUGGGCGUUGAGUCCGCCCCGUCCGACCUCGUCGCCUACAUAGCCACUCGUUUGAUCCGCAAAGUCUGGGAUUGCGGCGUCAUGGACAUGAUCGCCUCGGUGCACGAGUUGAAGUCCUCUGGUCCCAGCGGCGGCACCUUGGCCACCGGGUUGGGACUGGCCGACUACUAUCCAGCAAAGGUGAUGAAGCAAUGCUUCGCCGACCCCUUUGUGCUGUCUCCUUCCCACUUGCGGCCAUUCACCAAGGACACGAUCUACCCACGCAACCCCGAACCAAACACAUACCACCGCACCGGUCUCCAGAAACUCACCGGCGUCUGGAAAUAUCCACGCCUGGGCCAUUUGACGACUUCCGUCACCGCAAAACCUAAUGAGGCUAUUGUCCACCGCUCCGCUGGAUUGACGCCUUACUUCUACGGCUUCAACUUCACGUACGAGGAGUACAUGGCCGUGGCGAGUCCUUUGGUCGGCGUGUUGAUCCACAUCGCCGUCACCAUUUUGGCCUUAUUGCUCGCGUUCCCCCCGACACGAGCGAUCCUAAAACUGUUCACCACCUACAAACCCGGCUCUGGUCCGACCAAGGAAUCCACCAAGGGCGAUGUUCUGGAACUCCGCGCCGUGGCCGUGGCCGAACAGCUCGCCAAGAACCCACGCAAAGCCUUGGCGCAUUUCCGGUACGAGGGCGGAAUGUAUGCUCUGACCGCCUUGCUGAUGAGCGAGGCCGCCAUGGUCAUUUUGGCAAAGGAAGAAGAGAUCAAGAAGAACCACGGCGCUGGUUUCUUGACCCCGAGUUGCUUGGGAGAUGAUUUCCUGGAGAGGCUGGAGAAGGCGGGCGUUAAGAUCGGAGUGCAGCAGAUUGGGGAUGUAGGCAGCAAGUAA